AGUUCCAUGAUAAUUGACCAGUUAUACUACGUAAUACCAAUUUCGGGAUUACGUUAAAUGAGACCCCGUUAGUGCGCAUGCGCUAAUCAGCAAUUCGUUAGUCGCGUGUUAUUUGAGCGAAAGGACCCCUUUCUGGCUCAAGAAAUCAGAUUUAUUAUCCACGCAAUCCCCGAAAUUCAAAGGUAAAAAACGUUAUUAGUUUCACCCUUGACAUUUACUGAUAACUUGAGACGCUUAUUUUUUAUAAAUCACGCCCUUCUGAAGUGAUAUUUUAUCGAUAGAAUUGUAAUGUCUCAAAUGGAUAGCAGCACUGCUGCGUUUCCUCCGUCCGCGCUUUCACCCCAGGCCCCGCCUGGUAGCGCAGGAGCCACGGGCUCCGACGGAAAGAAAAAAUUACCCAACUCCAGUGGCAAAGUCACGGCUGGCAAAGUCAGCAAGAGUGGGCCGGGGAAAGCUAAAAGUAAAACAAAGUCGGACUCGGAGCCAAAGGCAAUGAGCGAGAAAAAUCAAGAAGUGGAAUCAACGGUUCCAUUUUCUACUUUUAAUAACAGACUUGAUAAAAUGGAAGCGCUUCUUGCGCGAGUGGUUGAGGCGUUGCCCGCUACUAAUGCUACGGCUGUCACCGGCAGCUCACACCCGUCUUCGUCUCGCGGCCCCACCGGGGCUACCGGCGGGGAAGACUAUGUGCAACGGCCUCCGUUCGACCACGGGAAUGACAUACCGCCCACCGGGCUCAUGGAUUUUUACGGUCUACCCGCGGAUGCAACCGAAGCGGGCGCCGUCUCGGAGGAAGAGAAUUUUGACUCAGACAUGCCUCAACCUGAUAACUUUGUCAUUCCCUCGAUCGCCGCAAAAUUCGCAAUGGCGUCGGAUAUCGGAGAUCCUAUUGAGGAGGAGAUAGCCCAAUCUACUUCAUAUCUCAUGACACACCAAUUGGAGGGGAAAGUUCUUGAUGAAGUUACUGCAAAAUACCCAGCUCCAAGCAAUUGUCAGAUUAUAGAGGCACCAAAGGUGAACCCUGUGAUAUGGGACAAUCUACCUCCGAUGACAAAAAGCCGUGACUUGAAGUUACAGCGAGUUCAGAAAUCACUCACUCAUGGCAUCAAUGCAUUUGCCCGCUCCGUUUCUACGGGCGGUAUAACUGAUACACAGCAAGAUGCUUUGGCGUUGAUUUGUAACGCUAACUUUGAACUGAACUGCCUGCGAAAAGAGCUCAUAAAACCUGACUUGAAUGCAAGGUUUACGCAUCUGUGCAAACCUACUCUGCCAGCUACUAGACUUUUGUUUGGUGAUGAUCUUGGAAAGCAGGUGAAGGAUCUCAAAGAUCAGCAACUGGCAGCGGCCGGUGUAAUGAGGGACAAAUUCAAAAACCGCUUUGCUUCGCAUCCCUAUCGGGGACGUGGCUACAAUGCACCGGGGCACCGCUGGGGCUCACAGAGCCAAUCCCGCUGGUAUAGCAGGCCAAUGUCAGGAUCGCAGGGUGGCCCUUUUUUAGGGUACAGACAGAACAGGAGGGGCAGACAGCCUCCGUACACUCAGUCUCAGGCUCCGAACCAGCCUCAAAUGCAAGCGCCAGGUGCCCAGAGGGGUCCCAUGGGCCAGCAGAGGAGGAAGUAGAACUCCCAAGACCAAGUCACGACAAGGUGCUGCGCCAGCCACUAGAAAGUAAAGGUUUGAGUGCAAGAGCUAUCAAUGUAAUAGCAGCAUCGUGGCGAGCAUCAACGACAAAGAACUAUGCCGUUUACAUAAGGAAAUGGAAGACAUACUGCCAUAAAAAAGGCUUGAACUAUCUCCAGGCGAGAUCCAAUGAUGUAAUUGAUUUUUUGUCAGAACUCUUUGAAAGUGAAAGAGCUAGUUAUAGUGUUAUAAAUUCUGCACGCAGCGCCUUGUCUGCAUUCCUAGUACUUGAGGAUUCGUCAUGUACAGUUGGAACUCAUCCUCUUAUUAGUCGUUUUUGUAAAGGAGCUUUUCAAUUGCGCCCUCCAGCGCCAAGAUAUAAGGAGAUUUGGGAUGUGAACAUAGUGUUUAAUUAUCUACGGAAGUGGGCACCAGCGAAUUCGCUCACGCUAAAAACUCUGACUAUGAAACUUUGCACACUUAUGGCGCU